AAGAACAACCCGUGUAAAAAACAUUAACAUCCGGCGGCAUCAUCACCUCUGAGAACGUUUAGCUAGCUAGUUGUGGCUCGUAUUUUAUAUUUGUUCGUUUCACACAGCGACAAAAAUGCCAACACUGUGUUCAGCAUACAACUGCAAAAAUCGCGGUCCCAAAGCUGAUGUAGGAUUUUUUAGUUUCCCCAAAAAUGACCCUGAAAGACGCAAGCGAUGGAUUAUUAAUAUGAAGUGGAAAGACUGGAAUCCGCAACACCACCACCGCGUGUGCUCCAUUCACUUUGAAGACAAGUACAUUUGCCGGAUGGACAAACGUCAACGUCUCACGCCAGACGCAGUCCCGACCAUUUUUGACUUCCCAGAGAACUUUCAAAAGAAGAAGGCAUCCAUCCACCCACAGAGUAGAAGAGCCAGGAGUGAUGGGUUGCCAGAGAAGUAUACUGCUGCCCCUGCUGUUACAGUGGCUGAACCGGUCACAGCACCAAGCCCCACCAUCACAUCAGAGACAAGCAAGCUGGCUAAAGACAAUACUAAAGCUCCAGAAAAAGUUACCUCUUCAAGUUGGUAUAUCCAUGUAGAUGAAGAAAUCCAAAUGGCUGAAUCCCUCCCAGGUUUCUUCCACAGUGAUUACUGUCUACCACACAGUAUUCGCUGGGGAUUCAAAGAUGAUGUUGCCCCGAAGGUGGCAUGUGAGAACCUGGAGUUCCAACUUCCACCCCUCAAGCACAUAAUAGAGAUCACAGAGGCAUGGGAGUGGCUGGGUAUGGACAUUAGAGGGCCACUGCCCCUAACACCGAACGGACACCAGUACGUUCUGACCUUGACAGACUUCUACUCCAAAUGGGUGGAGGCCUUCCCCCUGAGAGGUUGUAGCUCUACUGAGGUAGCACAGCAUGUAGCUGAAGUCAUCUCUCACUUUGGCUUCCCUUUUGGAAUCCUUGUUCGACUGAAGAGGAAGUUUACCAGUAAGAUCAACCUUGCCUUAAACAGUCAUCUGAAGCUGAGGGGGUUCUCUCUCUUAUACCGUCAUCGGCAAGUUGGAUCACUGGAUCUGGCCACACAGACCCUGAUCAGCAGGAUGGUGUCUGAUCUUGUGAAGGACCAUCCAGACAACUGGGAUGUCUGCCUUCCUGCAAAGGUGUUCAGCCUGUGUUUUAAGGAGCACCCCAAGACCAAGCAGAGACCUUUCUUUCUGCUGUGCUGCAAAGGACCACAGCCGGUCACCACCCCCAGGGAUCUGUCUUUCAGUCCUGCAGAGCUCAGAGAGAGUUCCUUUGCAAUUCAGUCAAAUCAAGAGGGUGGGCAUGACACUGAUCCGCAAGACAUGGUUGGCAUUGAAUCUGGAAAGGAAACAGCUGGAAAGAGCACUGUUACAAGGGUCUCCUUUUUAAGGAGCAACAUCGAGAGUAACAACAACACUGACGGUAACACAUAUGGUCACCCGGACAGUCGCACGGACGGUCACCCGCACAGUCGCACGGACGGUCACCCGGACAGUCGCACGGACGGUCACCCGGACAGUCGCACGGACGGUCACCCGGACAGUCGCACGGACGGUCACCCGGACAGUCGCACGGACGGUCACCCGGACGGUAGCACGGACGGUCACCCGGACGGUAGCACGGACGGUCACCCGGACGGUAGCACGGACGGUCACCCGGACGGUAGCACGGACGGUCACCCGGACGGUCACCCGGACGGUAGCACGGCCGGUCACCCGGACGGUAGCACGGCCGGUCACCCCGACGGUAGCACGGCCGGUCACCCCGACGGUAGCACGGCCGGUCACCCCGACGGUAGCACGGCCGGUCACCCCGACGGUAGCACGGCCGGUCACCCCGACGGUAGCACGGCCGGUCACCCCGACGGUAGCACGGACGGUCACCCCGACGGUAGCACGGACGGUCACCCCGACGGUAACCCCCAACAGUAACACGGACGGUAACCCCGACGGUAGCACGGACGGUAACACGGGCGGUAACCCCAACAACAACCGUAACACCAACAGUGAGCGAUCCUCUGAAGAACAUCAUGCCAUGGAAAACUGAAUAAUUGAUUGGAUGAGCGCUCUAUCGGGGUGUAGUUUUUAUUUUAUAAUUUUCAUUAGAAACACUUGUGUUUUAUGGUUGUGUUUGGCUGGUGUACUGGGUCAUGAUUGUUACACAGGAGGAUGAUAGUAGGAGUUUAUGAACCAACUGGAUCAAUUCAAAACAUCAUGCAUAGCAGCAUAGAUGAUGGAAUAGUGAUAAGCUUAUCCUAAAAGCAAUUUCUUUAUUUUACUGUAAACUUUUUUUUUCUUGCAGUAAAUGAAUUCAAACAUGCGUUAUUAUAGUAUAGACAUUUUCACCUUACAUUAUUGUAGCAUAUACUGUAGAUAUUUUCACCUUACCUGAUCUUGGAAAAAUCCACUUAAAUCUCCUCCAACUGGUAAUUAGUAUUAGGAAACUUAUCUAUCAUCCCUGAGCUCUGACUUCUCCCCCAUGCUGACCUCUGACGUCACAUACUAAGGAAAUUACUUCCAUAACAGCAUUUUCGGCAGUUAAAUGCAACAAAAUAUUAUUUAUAAAAAGCAAUCUUGUUAUUGUUUUUGAACACUUAUUUGUUUACAAUCAUGAUAGCUGUACUUUGUUUAAGGUUGACAGUUUGUUGGCCAUUAGCCAAUCGGUGAGUUCAAAGCUUGUGAAUGUAUCUAACUGGUAUUUACGACUUCACAACUGGUAAAUAAUACCUUCCCCAAUUGAAUAUGAACGCAGGAUUAUUGAAGGAAUGUUUUUUUAUGCCUUGAAUAAGAGACUGAACAAUCAAAAAAAUGCAUUUGUUUAUACAAAGAUACUUACAUUAUGAAGCAUGCAUUUAUUAUGCGUCCCUUGAUUGUAGAGCAUGCCCAAUUUGUAAGUCGCUCUGGAUAAGAGCGUCUGCUAAAUGACUUAAAUGUAAAUGUAAUGCCGGUGUUGGAGUUUAACAAAAUGUACAAUUAUGAAAUAUUCUCAAAACAAAGCUCGAGUUUUCACUUCACUGCACAGGCAGCCAUUCGGACAGCUGGGGUGUAUUCAGUCCGCCGAUUCUGUUGCAAAGCGUUUUUUAAAUUAAACUGAAUUUACCUCCAUUU